AAAAGAGCCAGGAUUUGGUGGAAGAAAAAGCCACGAUUUGGGCGUUUGGGUGUUUUGGGGAAAACCUCCCUUUCCUCUUUGUUUUGGGGGUGCGUUGGGGGAGAACAGUCCUUUCUGGCUGUGUCUGUGCAGAGGAAGGUGCUGCUGGCCUCCAGCAAGGUCUCGUGCCCCGUUCUGUCCCUGUCCUGCCUUGAAGAUGGCCGUUUUGUCACCGUGGGACAUCGCCACGUCCGCUUCUGGUUCCCAGCCCCAUCCACCAGCACCAAGGUGACCGGGCCGGUGCCGCUGUCGGGGCGCGGGGGGCUGCUUGGGGGGCUGCAGGACAACGUGUUCUGUGGGGCAGCUGGAGGUCGGGGUCGGAUGGUGAUGAGCACCUUCUGCAUCUCCACCACGGGGCUGCUGUGCCGCUUCGAUGGGAGGAGGGUCCUGGAGAAGUGGGUGGACGUGAAGGUCCCGUCGGCGUCCUGCAUCUCCGUCAGCGAGGAUUUCGUUUUCUGCGGCUGCGCCAACGGCAUCGUGAGGGUCUUCCAGGCCCACGACCUCCGGCGCUGCUGCGACCUGCCCUGCCCACACCCCCUCGCCGUGGACCUCCACCACGACCCCCAGCCCAGACAGCCCGACCUGCUGUACCCUGACACCGUGGCCCUGUCCUACAACCCCACGCAGCGGUGGCUCUCCUGCAUCUAUCGGGAUCACAGCGUCUACGUGUGGGAUGUGGGGGAUCUGCGGGCGGUGCGGAAGGUGUGGUCCGACCUCUUCCACAGCGCUUCCGUCUGGAGUGUGGAGGUGUACCCCAAAAUCGAGGAGCAGCGACCCCGCCUGCCCCCCGGCUCCUUCCUCACCUGUUCCUCUGACACCACCAUCCGCAUCUGGAAUUUGGGGUCUGGCCCCAAACCUCCCACCCGGGGCAAUGCCUACAGCACGUCCCUACAGAACAUCCUCUACGUGGACCCCGUCCCCACCCCACACCUCCAGGACUUUUGGGACAGAGGUGAGAGCGCCGACCCCAAAACCGGAGUGCGGGUCCUGCGGCUCAGCCCCGAUGGGGAGCACCUGGCGUCGGGGGAUCGUGCCGGGACCCUCCGGAUCCACGAGCUGAGCUCCAUGCUGGAGGUGGCCGAAGUGGAGGCGCACAAUUCCGAAAUUCUCUCCUUGGAUUACUUCAAACCAGAAAUGGGAGCCACGCUAUUGGCCUCAGCGGGACGGGACUGCCUGAUCCACGUCCUCAACGCGUCCCAGAAUUACCGACUGGAGCGGACUCUGGAUGACCAUUUGUCAGCUGUGGUGUCGGUUCGCUUUGCAGGGAGCAGAAGAGUGCAGCUCAUCAGUUGUGGGGUUGAUAAGAGCAUUUACUUCCGCACCGGUCAGCAGCUCCCGGAGGGGCUGACCUUCUCCCGGACGCGCCACGUCACUGAGAAGACCACCCUGUACGACAUGGAUGUGGAUGCGGUGCGGCGGCACGUGGCCGUGGCGUGCCAGGACCACAGCGUGCGGGUGUAUGGGGCCAGCAGUGGGAAGCAGCGGUGCUGUUAUAGGGGACCGGCGGCCAACCGUGGCGCUCUGCUGAAGGUGCACUGGGACCCCUCAGGAAGCUUCGUGGCCACGAGUGGCUCUGACAAAUCCAUCUCCAUCAUCGAGGGCCGCUCGGGGCUCUGCGUCGCCCGCGUUUUCGGGCACUCAGAUGUGGUCACAGCGAUGCGCUUCACCCCCGACUGCCGCCAUCUCAUCACUGCCUCCAGGGACAGUUGUGUCUUCGUCUGGCGUCUGAGCUCUGAGCUCAGUGACCGAAUGCGGCAGCACAGCCUCAACAACGUCCCCCUCCCCAUCCCAGCUCCACAGACCCCCGUCGGGCCGAAUCCGGAGUCACCCCCCAACUGCAUCCUCACCAAUGGCAGAAUGCCGCUGUGGGCGAAGCGACUGCUGGGAGAAGAGGAUGGCACCGUCAGACCCCCCUACGUUUACCAACCACAGGGACGGUGGGCUGAGAGCGCCCAGAACGCCCCGGUGGUGAUCCUACAGAUGGACCCCACAGCCCUCACCCCCUUCAAGGCAGAGCUGGAAGAUGGGGGGGGGGUGGAGCUGUGGCCCCAGAACCUGGGGGCGAUCCUGACGGAGGUGGAGACCUCCCCCAGCACUGAGGAUUCGGGGUGCUCCGCAAUCCUCUCGGAUGAACCUGAAGAGGAACCGGAAGCGCUGGGGAACAGCGCAGAGGAGGGGAGCGGGUUGGGGUCCCUCCCUUGUGGGGUUGGGUCCCCCCUUAUUUCGGGAUCGUCGCCCCAAAUCUCCACCCCAAAUCCCAUCCCAUCCCAAAUCCUGACGUCAGGUGCCAGUGAAAGGAAUCCCGCAGCGCCCGCAGAGGAACAGAGUGCCGCCCCAUUGCUGGGGACGAAUCCUCAACCCCACGAAGGGUUUGGGGGAAGCCUGGAGGAGACGAAGGCGCCCGCAGGCGAGGAUGAGGAGAGCACCUUCAUCCUCAACCCCCGCCUGAGCAUCUCGGCUCGCUUCCUGUCCCGCUGCCAGAAGAACAGCAGGCUUAGGGCCGCCUUCCCACUGCAUUCCCGUGUUCCGCUGUCGGUUCCGGCUCGGAGCGCCGCCCCACAGCCGUCACCCCACUCCCGCCCCACAGAAACCCACUGGGACAGGACACUGCACCUCCCCAUAGCGCUCAGAGGGAGCAGCGCUGCUCUCAUCCCCUCUACGGGGGAUAUAAUGGCAUGGAAUGGAGACAAAGCAUUGUGGGGGGGUCCCGGCCCUCCCCCCCCUCCCCCGGCCCCACGGGACCACCACGGCGUCCCUCGGGCUGCGCUGCUGUGGUGUGAAUGAAAGAGAGGCGACCUUCAAUUCUUACUGACUUUGGCAGCUCCCGUCUCUUUACCAGCAGACGCGUCCGCCCUACGACAGAACCAAGAACCAGACAAAACCCCGCAUUGCACCCCAAAAAAACCCGAAUUCCACCAA